CAUUCGUGGAGAACAUUGUCCGGGGGGAAUGUCUGCCUAUCUCUGCGUGCUCACCCCUCCCCUCCAUGUAUACUAACACGCCAGAUAUUCCGAAUUGAUUAAGCAUAAAAGUAAUCCAACAUGAUGGCUUUAAGUUAAACACCUGUCAUUUGAAGGCCGUAGGAGGAAAAAAAUUGGCGAAUCGGACCCACUUAAUCUACAAUUCAACCAGGUAUACAGUGGUAAAAAAGUGUUUGUUGGUCAGAAGAAGACAACUCACUCACUGGAGCACCUGACUCCUUGGAGCACCAUGCUUGGAAGCCCUCCAACCCAACACAGUUGAAAAGGAGCUAUAGGUAGAUGACUGAAAUCACUACCUAUUCUGGGAAUUUUCCUUGCUGAUAUCCUGGUGUGUCCAUGUGAUGGGAAAAGGUAACUAAAUAUAUGACACAGGUUUGGGAAAGCGCUGAAGACCAGGAAAAUGGCAUACAGUGUGAGUUUCAACCUGAACCCUAUAGUGGAUUCUGAGUUAGGAGGUCUCGGGAGUGAUGACACAGCACAGGACCAUUUGAUGAUACAGCACAGGACAGAAUCUGCUCCAGAGGGUGGGAUUGGCAGUCCUGAUACCCAGGGAAUCGAGCUCCUAGUAAAAGAAUGUAAAGAUUUCCUGGAUGACCAGACGAGUGAUGUCAGAGAACAGGCUGAUGAGAGGGGUUUGCAGAACAGUGAGUCCGUGCAGACGAGACUUCUGGUCAGGAACCGCUGGUCUGCCACCACCCUGAAGGUCUUGUCUUCCAUGCCCAGUCGCAGCAUCGGAUGGCAGAGUCGUCUUGAAAAAGUCUCCCGUUGUACUGUGCAUAAUUCUCAACUGAGUAGGUACCGUCGCCAGACCCCAGGCUCCUCCCUCUCCACCAGACCCAUUGUCCAUCGCAAUGAGGAUGUCAGUGAAGAAGAGACCAAGACAAAGGAGCUAAUCAACAAUCUACAGAAAUUGUCGACCGCUGGCCGUUUUCGUAUACUGCGUUCCACGCCUCUUAGUCUGUCUGAGAAGUCUGAACUAAGGAAACUUGCAUUCAGUGACAAAGUUGGACAGUCCUUGAGCAGUGAGGUUCCGUACUGGAGGAAAAUCAAGCGAGCUUCGCGUCACAGCUUUUUCACCAUUCUCUCCUUCUUCAGUUCUCUGCGCUUCGGGCGAGUGCAGCUGAAGAGGAUUGGCGGCCGCUUCGGCACCAGUGUGCUCUUCUACUUCCUCUUCCUCAGGACCCUUCUGUUCUUCAACAUCUUCCUCUCCCUCAUCAAUGGGCUCUUCCUGGUCUUGCCCCAGGCCAUCUACCCUCCCCUGAAAAAUACCCCUUCCAGAUUUUCAGGGCUGGAGCUUCUCACCGGCACGGGUUUCCUCUCUGACUCUGUGAUGUUUUAUGGAUAUUACACCAACUCCACAAUCAACAGUUGUGGACCCGCAGCGAAAGUCCGCAGUGAGGACGCAACCCCCCAUUCGGCCUGUGGGAGCGCCAGUGAGACCCAGAUGAUAGCCUACAACAUCCCCUUAGCCUACUCCUUCUCCACUGUCAUAGCCUUUUUCAUCACUAGCAUCGCCCUCGUCUACAGCUUGUCCAAGUCCUUUGGGAGAAGUGUCCAAGUACUCAGUUCACAUGGAAACUUGGCGAGUAAGAUAUUCUGCUCCUGGGAUUUCAAAGUUAGCAAGAAGACCUCUGUCAGGAUUCAGUCGGAGAACAUCAGCACUCAGCUCAAGGAGCUGUUGUUGGCGGUGAACUGCAAAAGGGGAAAUGGGGCCAGUCGGUGGAGACUAACUGGGAUAGCUGUGUACCCACUGGCAUGGAGCGCAUGUUUGGGGAGCACGUUCUUCUUUGCCUUUGGCAUCCACGUCUUUGCUGAGUACCUGCACCUGAACAAGAAGCCUGAGGACAGUUGGGCAAGUGAGGCUUAUCUGCUGACUCUGCCUUCGGUGGUGUCCUGUGGUAACCUGUUUCUCCCAGGCCUCUUCAACCUUCUGUCGUGGUUUGAGAACUACAGGUUGCCCAGUGUACGUCUCUAUGUUGCCAUCUUCAGGAACUUACUGCUAAAGGUGAGCAUUCUUGGAGUUCUGUGCUACCAUUGGUUGGGGAAAGUUGCAGUUCAAUCAGAGGGUCAUGGCCCACAGUGUUGGGAGACCAUUGUUGGUCAGGAGUUGUAUCGUUUCCUCCUCAUGGAUUUCAUAUUCACUGUACUCUACACAGUGUUUGGAGUAUUUCUUUGGAGAAUGUUUUCUCAACGAGUGCUGAGAAGAAAGAGAAAGCCGGUGUUUGAUAUUGCCUGGAAUGUGCUUGAGCUUAUUUAUGGACAAACCCUGACCUGGCUAGGUGUGUUGUUUUGUCCUUUACUCCCUACCGUGCAGAUCAUCAAGCUGUUGGUGUUGUUCCACCUGAAAGGGAACAGUGUGCUGAUGAACUGCCAGGCAUCCAAGAAGCCGUGGAGGUCUAGUCAUAUGAGUACUGUCUUCAUUUUUCUGCUAUGCAUCCCUUCUUUCCUUGGUGCCACCGCGUUUGUGAUCUACACCGCAUGGACGAUCAAGCCCUCAUCUGGUUGUGGUCCUUUCAGGAACCUCCCUGUCAUGUUACAUUCAGGAGAACAGUGGGCCCACGAGCUAACAAAGGUCAACCCAAAGCUUGCCUGGCUCAACUGGGUGUAUAACAACGUGGUGGAAAAUCCAUUCUUUUUGUUACUGGUGUCACUUGUCUUUCUAAUGGUCAGUUACGUUCACGCCCAUGUUUUAGAUGGUCAAAAAAGAAUAAUGACUUUGCUACAGGAGCAAAUAGAAAACGAGGGUAAAGACAUGAAGUUCUUGAUUACUAAACUGCAGGCCAUCCACGAGGGGGAGCCUCCACUGUCUCAAUCCAGGUCUGCAAUAAGGGGCAAUGAGGUGCCUAAUCAACACGACACCUGUGGCCUGUGACCCCCAAGAGCUGCUGCUUUCAUUAGUUUUGCCAAAACCAUUGUCUGCUGUCAGAUCAGUUGCAUAUGUUAGUCAUGUGUACAGUGUGCACUGUUGUGGAGUACUAAAUAAUUCCGGAGUGUUUAUUGGAUCCUGGAGGUUUUAUUUGGGGUUUAUAUCGCUCUACCACAAAAAGUGGGCUUAAAAUGGAUGUUACUGAAUGUUAUGGGGAAGAAAAUAAUGAAUGGUGGCUUUGAAUUUAAAGAACUGUUACUGAGAUCAGUAAUUUGAAAACAUGCUAGGCUUAAAAAAUAAAUGGGCAACAAUAACUGGUUAAUUGUCUUUUGCAAAUCAAAACAUUGUUAUAUUUAUUGUAUGUGCUUUGUUCCAGUCAUUGUUCUAUAUUGUAUUUGCAAAAGCUGUAUUCUUGUACAUAAGUUGAUUUAAAUAUUAAAGAGUUACGG